ACUUUCCUUACUGAGGAGUUGGCAACACUGCUUUGUUAUGGUUGAUCGGUAUUGUAGCAGCCAGUGAGCGCUUCCGCAUUGACCAUCGGUGAGCUGUCAUUGCGGGAGAAUGAAUAACGCAAAAUGUAGCAUAUUAAAUCAGAUACCAAGGAGACGAACGCGGAUUAUACAAUGUGUCUAUGUGGUGGGGUUCAUGGACCUGUUUGGGGUAAGCAUGAUCAUUCCCCUGCUGAGUCACCAUGUGAAGGCCCUGGGGGCCAGCCCCACCGUGGCAGGCUUAGUAGGCUCCACAUAUGGGAUCCUACAACUCUUCUCUAGCACUAUAGUUGGCAGCUGGAGUGACGUGGUGGGGAGGCGGUACUCUAUGCUGACGUGUCUGCUGCUGAGUGCUCUGGGCUACGGCCUGCUGGGGAUGUCCACCAGCAUCGGCCUGUUUGUCCUGGCUAGGAUCCCUGUGGGGCUGUUCAAGCACUCCCUGUCUAUCUGCCGGGCCCUGCUGUCUGACCUGGUGUCUGAGGCGGAGCGCCCCCUGGUGAUGGGACACUUCAAUGCUGCCUCCAGCGUGGGAUUCAUCUUGGGACCCGUGGUGGGGGGCUACCUCACAGAGCACGAGGGGGGCUUCUACACCUCCUCCUUCACCUGCGCCGCAAUCUUCCUCCUCAACACAGGUCUGGUUUGGCUGCUUCCCUGGAGUGAUUCGCUAACCCCACACACCAAUGCUAACUUCAACAGCAGCGCUAGCAAAGCCAGCUGCCACAACAACGACGACAACCACGUCACCUCGACACAGCAAAACUCUUCCCAUGACAACAGCAACAACCACACUACAGCGUCGGGGGCGGCAGUCACAGGAUCGGGGGCUCCAGGAACGAACAAGAGGGGCUGGAGCUGGGACCUGGACUGGGGGGAGGUGUCACUGCUCCAACCUGCCUGGCGUCAGCUCUCCUCAGUGGGCUCCAAGAUCCGCACGGUGGUCUCCUCGGACAUGUGGGACCUGUUCCUGGUGCGUCUGCUCAUGGCCAUCGCCAUUAUGCUUUACUACAGCAACUUUUCUCUGGCCAUGGAGGAGCGCUUCAUGCUGAAGCCCAAAGCCACAGGUUAUCUAAUCAGCUACAGCUCUACCCUGGGGGCCUUGGCCGGCUUCUUGGUGGGGCCCGUCACCAAACUGUACGGUAACGACAUGCCGGCGCUGUUGCUACACUCUACAGUCCUCACGUGUUGCCUGAUCCUGCUCUACGCCAUGGCGCCAAGUGUCUGGCACGUGUUGUUAAGUUCCACUUUCUUCGCCAUCUCCACGACUAUCGGACGCACCUGCAUCACCGACCUUGAGUUGCAGAAAGGGGGAGCUCACGCCAGUGGCACACUAAUCGGGGCAGGGCAGUCGGUGACGGCGGUGGGUCGGGUACUCGCCCCCCUGCUCUCGGGGCUGGCCCAGGAGUUUAGUCCCUGCGGGCCGCCGAGUCUGGGGGUGGGGCUGGCGUUAGCAGCCGUCGCACUGCUGCUGGUAAGGGUGCCCAAAUGGGACGGGAGAGGCAAGAGGAAAGAGGCCAAACUCGGUGACACACACAGAGAGUGAGAAUGAAUGAAUGAGAGAGGGAGAAAGAGCACCAAUGCGAAACUACCAUCCUCAGGAGAUGUCUAGUCUAAAGACAGCAUUGGAGACAGAACUGAUGCAGAACUGUUGGGGUUUGUUGUUGACAUGUCAGCGGGGUGUUGUUUCGUUGUUUGUUUUGUAGCUGUUGACGAUGGAGCCACAUCUCCGCUCUGCCGUUCUGUUGGUUUGGUCUCAAAGUGAUGACAUCACAGCACUCUGAAAGGAACCGGGUCAUCAUCAGCAUCGCUGUUCCCCCCUUCAGUACACCAAACAGGGUUAACCGUGAACAAACACCUAGGCCAGCAGCCCUCUGUAAAAGGAAUGAGGGGUCCAUGCUAAAAUAGCCUAGCAUAGGUCAUCAUGUCAAUGGCACAUACAGUCGUGUUCAUAUAGCCUAGGAAUAGUCACGUUUUUACAUAUGUCUCUUGUGAGAGACAAUAAUAACAUAAAAAAACACAAAAUAUAAAUCUAAUGUACUCCUGCUCUUCCUUUAUAACCACUACAAAUAGUCCAGGAACACCUUGGGGUUUCUUUGUACUGAAAAUGCACUUCAUUUCCCAGAAUGCUCUAUUUCUGACCUACCCUAUGAGUGUGGGCAGCAUGUGAAGCACCUACUCUUACCUCUCUGGAGCCAAAUUCAAUUUUCUCUCCCUUCUCACUGAAGUAUGCACUCAUUCACCCUCCCUCAAGGAUUGAAAAUAAUUGGAUUUGUGUGAAAACGUUCACACCAAUCCAAUGCUUUUAAAUCCAUUGAGGGGGAGGCAAGGAGUACACACUUCGGUGAGAAGGGAGAGAAAAUGGAAUUUGGCUCCAGAG